AUGAGUCGGAGAACACGACGCUGGAUUUUAAGAGUUUUACUUUGCCUGGGAAUUGUUUACUUGAAAAUCGGUGGUUUCUCAUCGGUGGUGGCCCUAGGUGCGAGUAUAAUCUGUAACAAGAUCCCCGGUUUGGCCCCAAGACAACGGAUUAUCUGCCAGAGUCGCCCCGAUGCCAUUAUCGUCAUCGGAGAGGGAGCCCAAAUGGGCAUCAACGAGUGUCAGUUUCAGUUCAAAAACGGGCGCUGGAACUGCUCUGCGCUUGGAGAAAGGACUGUCUUCGGAAAAGAGUUGAAAGUGGGCAGUAGAGAGGCUGCAUUCACCUACGCCAUCAUCGCAGCAGGGGUGGCCCAUGCAAUCACAGCCGCCUGUACACAGGGUAACCUGAGUGACUGUAGCUGUGACAAGGAGAAGCAGGGUUUCUACAGUAAAGACCAAGGAUGGAAGUGGGGAGGCUGCUCAGCAGAUAUCAGCUACGGCUUAGGCUUCUCCAAAGUAUUUAUUGAUGCACGGGAGGUCAAACAGAAUGCAAGGACACUCAUGAACCUCCAUAAUAACGAGGUGGGACGCAAGGUGCUGGAAAAGAACAUGCGACUGGAAUGCAAGUGUCAUGGUGUCUCGGGCUCCUGCACAACCAAAACCUGCUGGACUACACUUCCCAAGUUCCGCGAGCUCGGCUACAUUCUCAAGGAGAAAUAUGCCCAUGCCGUACACGUGGAACCAGUCAAAGCCAGCCGCAACAAGCGCCCUAAAUUCCUCAAGAUCAAGAAGCCGUACUCUUACCGAAAGCCCACGGAUACAGAGCUGGUGUACAUAGACAAGUCUCCUAACUACUGUGAGGCGGACCCCAUCACGGGGAGCUUGGGGACACAGGGAAGGGUGUGUAACAAGACAAUGAUGCAACACAUCAGCGGCUGCGACUUGAUGUGCUGCGGUCGGGGAUACAACACACACCAGUACUCCCGGGUCUGGCAGUGCAACUGCAAGUUCCUGUGGUGCUGCUAUGUGAAAUGCAACACAUGCAGCGAGAGGACAGAGGUGUACACAUGCAAAUGA